GUUGCCUCUUCCCCCGUUCCCCCCCCGCUCCUCUCCCGUUUGUCACCGUGUCGCCGGCAGGGCCCCGCGCGACCGCGCCAGUAACAGCCGUCCUGCGCGCGCGGCCGGGGGAGGAGGAGGAAGAGGAGGGGAUGAGGCGAUGAGGCGGCCGCCGUUGCAUCCAUGACACGGGCCUGAAGAGCCCGAGCUUGGGACGGCCUCUUUUCCCACCGCUGUUCGGUCGGGGGGGGGGAAGGGCGAGAAGGAGGAAGAUUGUGUGUGUGAGGGUGUGGAGAUGAGCUAAGCCCUGUUCCCCUGGAGCCGCCUGAGGAGACCCGGCUCCCUCCAGCCCCUCCGCGUCCCUCCUCUGCCGCCGCCAUGGCCCACUCCCCCGUGCAGACAGGCCUGCCGGGGAUGCAGACUCUGAAAGCAGAUCCAGAAGAACUGUUUACAAAGCUGGAGAAGAUUGGUAAGGGCUCUUUUGGUGAAGUUUUUAAAGGAAUUGACAAUCGGACUCAGAAAGUAGUUGCUAUAAAAAUUAUUGACCUAGAAGAAGCAGAAGAUGAAAUAGAAGACAUCCAACAAGAAAUCACAGUGCUGAGUCAGUGUGACAGUCCAUAUGUAACUAGAUAUUAUGGAUCCUAUUUAAAGGAUACAAAAUUAUGGAUAAUAAUGGAGUAUCUGGGUGGAGGCUCUGCCCUUGAUCUAUUAGAACCUGGCUCACUUGAUGAAACCCAGAUUGCUACAAUAUUGAGGGAAAUACUCAAAGGACUCGAUUACUUGCAUUCAGAGAAGAAAAUCCACAGAGAUAUUAAAGCUGCUAAUGUAUUGCUAUCUGAACAAGGAGAAGUAAAACUAGCAGAUUUUGGAGUAGCAGGACAACUAACAGAUACGCAGAUAAAGAGAAAUACCUUUGUGGGAACACCAUUUUGGAUGGCACCUGAAGUAAUAAAGCAAUCAGCGUAUGACUCAAAGGCAGAUAUCUGGUCAUUAGGCAUAACAGCCAUAGAACUUGCAAAAGGAGAGCCACCUCAUUCAGAAUUACAUCCAAUGAAGGUUUUGUUCCUCAUUCCUAAGAACAAUCCACCAACGCUGGAAGGAAACUUCAGUAAAUCCCUCAAAGAAUUUGUUGAGGCCUGCUUAAACAAGGACCCAAGCUUUAGACCUACUGCAAAAGAGCUCUUAAAACACAAAUUUAUUUUACGAAACUCAAAGAAAACUUCCUACCUGACUGACCUUAUUGAUAGGCACAAGAGAUGGAAGUCUGAACAAAGUCACGAUGACUCCAGUUCUGAUGACUCAGAUAUUGAACCAGAUGGUCAGGCUUCAGGUGGGAGUGAUUCAGAAGAGUGGAUCUUUACAAUAAGAGAAAAAGACCCCAAGAAUCUAGAGAAUGGAGCAGCCCAGCCUUUGGAGUUGCAAAGAAAUAAGGAAAAGGAUAUCCCAAAGAGGCCACUUUCCCAAUGCCUGUCUACAGUUAUAUCCCCUUUAUUUGCAGAGUUGAAAGAGAAGAGUGAAGUGUGUGGUGGUAAUACGGAUUCUAUAGAAGAACUGAGAAAGGCCAUUUAUUUAGCUGAAGAGGCUUGUCCGGGCAUUGCAGAUAACAUGGUGUCACACCUUGUGCAGAGGCUUCAGAGAUACUCACUAGCUGGAGGAAGCACUUCAUCCUACUGACCUACUGUUCCUGACUUCUAAGGCAACAGAGAUGCCACAGUGUCUGCGUUGAAGGCGCGCACCCUCAUGUUGUUCUGCCCCUCAGCCACUGGAGUGUCCUUUGCUGGAAGGACAUUCCUAAACAUGCAAGAGUGAAAAUGAAGUCUCUUGCAUGGAGGCAAUCUUUUUCAGCUCCUUAAAGCUAUAAUUUUUUUAAAUGAUAAUGCACAUAUUCCAGGGAGGUGUCUUUUUGUAAAAUCUGAAAUGUAUAUUUAGGUUUGUGAUAGAGAUAUUGAAGAUAUUGGGAAACCUCAGGUAUCUUGCUUUAAGAAUUCCACUGGGAGAUGGAGUGUGUUUGUUGGAAUUGUGUACAGAAAUGUAUAUAAUGUCUUUUUUUUAACUGAAAGCCUUUCAACGCUCAUAAGGAAUCACUGUGUACAAAAUGGUAAAGUGCUCUGUAGAUAAUGUUAGUGGGGUAAAUAUUUGAUAGGCCAUAACUGAGUAUUGCCUUGCUUUUAUUACAUGUAAAUUUUGAAUUAUGUGAUAAGUGAAUCUUGGUUUGAUUUUUGUAUGUGAAGGAUUUGCCAUUGAAAGAGAUAAUCCUGUACUAUUCGUACCUCAGCAAAGACACAAUUUUAUCCUGUUUCUCCAGUAUUUCUUCCUUUUAAUCUAUAUUCUGAGCGUGACUAUCUAAUUAUGGUACUACUUCUGGUUGUUUUAAAUUUAAUACACCUCGUCUCUCAAAGCUUUAAAUUUAAAUUAUUGCAUUUCCUAAAGAAUGAGCUCUUCCAUAUUUUCAGUUUUAAAUUGUGCCAAUGCAAAUUCUGAACCCUACGUACUGUUCAGCUUUAUUAGUAGUUAUUUCUGAAGCUUGUAGUGAAAUUCAGAGACAAUUUUUUUUUCAUCUAAACAUGUUUGAAUGCUCACAUGAAUAAAUCUUUAUUACCUACAUUUAUUCUGAAAUAUCUCAUUAAGAUGUUGGCUCUGAGACAGUGGCAGAUAUUUCUUCAUCAUGCUUAUUUUUAUCGUUAAAAUGAAUGUCAUGUAGGGUAAAAGAAAAAUUAUCCAUAGAUUCAAUAUUCAGUCUUGCUGCCUAAAUCUCUGCAUCUCAAUACCACGAAUGACAGAUUUUAGACAGAAAGACUGAGCCUGAGUGUUGUACCCUCUGUCCUCUUACUCAUCUCCCCAGAAGAAAGUUUCUUCUUGAAAAAUCUGAAUCUUGAACUUCCCACUGUUCCUCUGAGUGCUCCUGGAUAGCUGACUUAUGCUUUUAUGGCUCUUGGAAAUAGUAAUGUUAGUUACACAGUUGAUAGUGGCGCUUUUUGGUGUUUGUUUUUCACAGUAUUACUCUGAGGUUUACCUUGGUUUGUUUUGCCAAGGCUAUUUUCAGGUGCUUCUUAUUCUGGUAGCUAAGAGAGCAUUUUUGCCUUGUUUUUAAUGAAGAAAUUGAUGAUUUUAUGUUUUCCAUGACAAUGAGGUAACUGAUUUGUUUAAUUAAAAAUAUAGAUACCAGUUUUGGAACAGAAAGGAGUAAAAUUUUAAAAGUAUAGGCAUAUCUUCCUGGUGUGGUACAAAAAGACCUGGGUUCUUUAACUCUUCUGGAAGCUGGUGAGGUCUCCUUGCAGGACUUCCUCUGACCAUGGUAGCCCUUAUUCUAUGCAUAUUCAUAGCCUUAAUUGUUAAUUGAAUAAUUUAACAGAGGACACUGUCAUGCUAACAGAGUGAUGAAACAUCUGAGCAGGUUGACACAACAAUGGAAAGAAAUGGGUCUGUGUAUGCUCAUUCUCGUAGCCAUAGUCUUAAACACAACGUUUGUCAGCAUUUUGAGGUAAUGGUUUUCCUUUAUGGCUGAGGGAAUUUAAAGUAAAUUGAACAAUGAGGAAGUCUGAGCAAUGGUUUAUAACUUCUCUUUGAUCAAUAGUUUUAAAUAUGUUGGUUUGUGUGCUCUUAAUGGUAAGGAUCCUUGAGGAAACAAAUGUAGCUCUGCUGUUAGGAAAUGUGUGUCUGGGAGAUUCACCUGUUGAGGUCUCCACAUUAAAACAUUCAGCCAUUCACUAAAUAUGUGCUGUUACAACACACAGAAAUAAACAGUUGUGUUUGCAUUUGAAAUACAAAUAGAUUAAGCAAAGCUUUUCCCCAGUCAUCUGUUGAUGUAACAACUUUACUUCCCCGCUAAAUCUCUGGGUUCGUGGGCAUCUCCAAGUAAGUUCACUUUACAUUUAUGGUGCUGGCGGGAAUGUCAAGAAUUUCCCCAUCAGAAAAUUGAAUGGAAUUCAAGGGUACACUGCUUUCGAGCAAUCAUUUUAAAAAAUUAUACAUACUUUUUUUUUUAGUUGCAUUUUAAUUGUGUUCCAGGACUCUCUGUUGAGGAAAUAAUGCUUCUCUGAGUAGAUUGUGGCAGAAUUUGCUUGGUGAAUGUUUCCUUUGGUUUAGGAGCUUAAGAUGAGUCAGACCUGCAGCAAGGGCAAUUGGCCAAAAGGCUGGGACAUUUAGAAAAAGACAAGACCUCAUUUAUGGUACAAUGUGUAUUUUUAUAUGUAAUAUAUAGAUUAUUUAAAUAUAGACUGUAUCUUAAACUGAGAUUCACUGCAAAAAAGCGUGCUGUAACUUGAAUGUAGAAUUACAAUCAUUUGCUACUGAAAAGUAUUGAUGCUUUAAAAGUCAGAUCUAUAUCGGUAACAGAAGAGGAGCUUCAUUUGAAAGAAGCAUGGCCUCAGUUGCUGAAAGACAUGAAGCGUAUGGAUAUUUUUGAGAGGUUGUUUCAUGUGAAAAACAUUUCUGUGUUAUAACGUUGCACUGAUAAAUUUUCUGUGCAGGUAGUACUUCUUCACUCAGUCUUGAAUAUACUAAGCAACGAGCUAUCCUGAUUUAUGCAAACAUUUAAAUUAGUGGAACUGCUUAUUUGUCAGGGAUUUCAAGAUUAGGCAGUAAAUAAAGAAAGAAAUCAGUCAUUUGAACUGAAGGCUUGCUUUUUGUAAGUAUAUCAAAUGUGUAAUCUAUUUUUUUAAACUUAAUUUUCCUCGCAGUUGCACUUUGUAGUUGAUCACCAGGUUACUAAAGGAUGACGGCAUGAUCACUGUAGUACAGAAUGCUUUUGGUGUAAUGAGCAAGCAGCUCCUUCUCAACAUUUUGCGCGUGUCCGUGUGGGUAUGGACUGAUGAACCAGUGGAACGAUGUGACUGUGGUGUUCUGGCCUUGCUGCAGAGGGCCGGCCCAAGGGGGAAGGUAAGAGCUGGCGCCAAACCGCAAAGCAGCCGGCACGUUGUGAGCUCCUGUCCUGCUUCAUCCACCCCAACUCCUUCCUCUGCCUCUGCUGUUACUGCACUUGUGAAAUGUUUCUUUUAGCUCUUCCUACUUUGCGUGGCAUUCCGUAUUAUUUUUUCUAAACAAUGCAGUACCAGUUUGUAAUGAUUUUACAUAAGCUUUACUUUUAAGGAAACGUGGUUUUGCCUUCACAAACGUCACCAUUGGAAGAUGAUCAGAAGUGCUAAUAAGCACAGUUGUAAAUGCAAGGAUCAGUACAAUAGCAAAUUAUUUUUGUAAGUUGCUGGGGAGGACCUUAAAGUAUAGCACAAAUCUGCAAGCUUGCUCUUUUUAACUGUAUUUUGCAGAUGUGCUGGUAAUUGCACUGAGCAUAUGCAGUAGACAAAUUGUAUGUAAUGGUUUCCUGCCUUUUAAAGCAUGAUUACAGAGGACAACUGACGUGUAUACCUUGUUUUCUGUAAUAUUGCUGCCUGUUUAUAGCCGUGUAUUUAAAUUUUACUUUUGUCACUCUAACGUAGUAAAACUCCUUGUAAACUACAUGACCUAGAAAUAAAGAAGGAAAAGUUUAAUGAAA